AUGUGUCGCAAACGGGCUCUCCCUGUUCAAAUUGCCAGUAUGAGAGCGGUGUUUGUCAAGUAUUACCACGCAAAAAACAUCGGACUGAGACCACGCCGCCCACGUACUACUGCUCCGCACAAUGUCGCCGACUCAAAUAUAGCCGAUGAUACUCACGAUGACCUACAAGAACCGGUCCACCAAGAAGAGUUUUUACCGGAUGAUAGUCCAUCCUCCUAUAUCGGCGACCAGCGUGGGCCGCGUUACUCAGUCUACGAUCUUUGCCAUCCUGGCACCCCUCAAGAUGCACAGCCCCCUACAGGUCCACGGGUACCCAGAACCGAAGCUCAUAAGCCACAUGAAGUAGAACUGAUUCGGGCCAAUGGGGCCUUCGUGACCCUGCCUAAGGAUGUGCCAGACGAAAUUAUCCGGUGCUAUUUUCGCCAUGUACACUUUCUGAUACCCAUCCUCAACGCGAAGGAGUUUCUGGAUGAGUACUAUUAUAAUGGCUUCCAGAAUAUCAACCCUCUACUCAUGUGGAGCAUGUGUCUGGCGUCUGCCAAUUUUUUAGACGAGGAAACUCUACAGAAAACGGGCUUUGCGUCGAGAAAAGCAAUGAAAGAAGCCAUGUAUGGACGAGCAAAAUGUCUAUAUGAUCUAGACCGGGGUACAGAUAAGUUGAUACUUAUACAAUCCGUGCUACUCUUGAGCUUUUGGUAUACCGAUCCUCAAGACCAUACUGGCGCUUGGUACUGGGUUGGUAUCGCCAUAUCCCUCGCCCAAAGCAUCGGUAUACACCGCGACCCGCAAUUUACACACAAUGUAAUGCCUAUCGAGUCACGACCUCUUGUCGCCCUAUGCGAAUUCAUGACGAAGAUUGUGACGUUCCAAUGCCACGCGCAGAAGAUAUCUUUCAUGAACUCAGAGACAUGGAUCGGCCUCAUGAAGACCAGCUUUUAUCUCGGACAGAUUCUACGACUCUAUUAUCGCGUCAGAGGUCCGAAGCCGUCUCCACAGGAAAUAGAAAAGCUAGCGAGCGAUUUACAUUCGGUUGGGCAGAUGGAAGUCCCACAAGCAAGCACGGAUGACCUUGUCCUUAUCCACAAAUACCACCUGGAUCUCUUUUACCAGGGCACGCUAGUCGUCUUAUAUCGGCCAUACGUUCUUAACGUAAAUGUAGAACUUACGCCAGACGACAAUGCUCCAUGGCAGGAAAUCGCAAAAACACGCGCUCGAGCUGCAGCAUCAGCAACAAAUAUGACAUUAGAAAAGAUAAUACAGCUAAAUGUUUUGAACGUGAUCAAGCCAAUGAUAAUUACGGCACUGAUCCCAACUAUGCAAAUUCACUUACAUGACUCUCGCUCAACGAACGCUCUUCAAAGUGGCCUAGCAACCAACAAAUUGCAGCUGUGCAUGCUGUUCCUUGCAAACAUUAGUGACACUUACUGGAGCGCAGGGGUGAUGUAUCGGCUAUUCCAACGUGCUCAAAACAUAUUGAAAGCGGUGAGCUAUACGAAUGGCAGCAACGGAACGAAAGUAAAGAGGCCGCCUGAACUUCCACGACAAGAUAACAUGGUCAGGCCUUACACGUCUCCUGAAACUAUCGAUAAUUCUAUGCCAUCCAUAUCACAUUCCAAUGGUUACGAACCUGCCAGACUCGAACAAACAUGGCCUAAUCAAGAAGGCAUAAGUAUAAAUGCGAUCGAUCAAUUGCUGAAUCCUGACUUUGCUCUCCGCGAUGACAAUUAUGAUGCCCUAUUUUCCAGCUUCGGCCUUGAUGGGCUAGGCCAGGAUCAACUGUUUCUCGGAACUCAGAGCGAGACUCGUCAGGAUAUGGCCCCAUAG